AUGGCUUACGUAGAUCCUGAACGAUGCAAAACCUUCUACAGGAAAUCGGAGUUGGAUGUGGAAAAAAUGUGGCCUAUACAUACGGUAUGUGCGAAAGCAUUGACAGGAACCGAAUGUAUCUGGCGUAGCGGAGCUGUGCUGGCUCUGAGACAGAAUAAUAAAUGGAGCUUGGUAGGUCUUGGAAUUUAUGGUCCAGGUUGUCGAGCGCCAUCUAGGUUUCUGGAAUAUUCGCAGUACAGACCAUGGGUACGAAAUAGUAUUGCGGGAAUUGGGAAGCCAACAAUAUCAAGGAUAUCUAAGAAUCAUAUUGUUCUACGUAGAAGUCUUUCAAAUGUCCAAAGAUAUGGACCCUGUGAUAUCGAGGAAGUAAAGGCUGAGCUAUUUACUGAUCGCACUAUUAUUGAACGAGGACCAAGUAAAAUGAGCCAUCGGUUCACAAUCUUCUCCCACUAUGAAUAUUCAUGUAUCGUCUUUCGGGUGUUCAAUUACAAAAGACAAAAGUGGUUUAAAGAAAAGCCAAGCAUUCGUAUCAAGCGUUGGUGCCAAUCUCCAAAGCCAAUUUGCUAUACGUUUCGAUUCCUCCAAAUAGAUUUUGCAGUGGAAAUAUUCUUCAAGGAUUCAGUGAUUUAUCAAGUUAUGGCGUAUGGGAGGGAAGUUAAACUCAUUGACAUGAAAAAAGUUAUGGUUCGAGUGAAUGAAAAAAAAACAUUUCCCGCUGUGCUUAUGGGGACAGAUUAA